AUGGCUCACUCACCGCUCCGCCCGGACAGCAUGGCGUUGGCGUCGGCGUCGACAUCCAGAGCAGGUCUGAGGGCCAGACGUCCUCCAUACCGUGCGGCCAGGGCUUUCUACCUCACCGUAUUCAUCCUCGCCGUAUUCGCGGCAUAUUCCAUCUUCAGCCGUGACUACUUCGAAGCUUCUCCGCAGCAUCAGCUCCACGCACGCCACCUCUCCCCACACCCCAUAUCUGCCCUGAGCGACGAUGAAGAGUGUAGACUGGUGCACAAGCGCCAGCACCAGGACCAAUGCGCCUACAUCAAGGAACAUUGUCCCGCCGAUGAGGGCGGCUUCACCGCGUACUUGGACCUCUACUACUGCCGCCUGGCGAAUGCCAAGCCAGUCGCAUUUCUGAUUCUCAUCUGCUGGCUCGGACUGCUCUUCAGCACCAUCGGAAUCGCCGCGUCCGACUUCUUUUGCAUAGACCUGAGUACGAUUGCUGCUUUCCUGGGCUUGAGUGAGAGCAUGGCGGGAGUUACUUUUCUGGCAUUCGGCAAUGGCAGCCCGGAUGUUUUCUCGACAUUCGCGGCUAUGAGUACGAACAGUGGCAGUCUCGCAGUUGGAGAGCUGUUUGGAGCGGCAGGAUUUAUCACAGCAGUUGUGAGUGGGAGCAUGGCGUUGAUCCGGCCUUUCCAUGUUGCUAAGAAGAGCUUUGUGAGAGACGUCGCAUUCUUCAUCGUUGCGGCAGCAUUCAGCAUGGUGUUCUUGUGGGAUGGUAGACUUAAUUUCUGGGAAUGUGUGGCCAUGGUGAUUUACUACAUCGUAUACGUAUGCUUUGUGGUCGCCUGGCAUUGGUGGCUUGCACGAAGGAGACGGCGAAGGGAAAAGGAAGCCGCUGCAAGAGGCCAUUUCUUACAGCCUGAAGACGAGAUCGAAGCCGAGGAAGAGUACCGUGACGAUCCCGAGGAGCCGCCUGACCCAAGACGUCCGAGCAUUUCGAGGGGUGUAUCGCGUGAAGACUGGUCCGCACUAGAAAGUGGUGGCGACGCUAACUCUCCAUACGUUGAUGGUGGCGACGAGGACGAUGAGGAGGCGGCAAGAGAUCGAUGGAUGAGUGAGCUCGCCAGCAACAUGCGACUUACGAGGCCCACCCGUUCGAGGAAGAAUACUGUGACCCCUGUCCGGCCCUCGCUUGUUGGUGCGCUGGAGUUCCAAGCAGUUCUCAAAUCGCUGCAGAAGUCUCGCAAUCAUCAGACCAUACCUAUGGACUCGCGACGCUAUUCCGAUGACCCGACAUAUACCACUGCUCAGCUUCAAGAUCAACUUUCCUCUCUGUCCGAUCCAGCAGCUAGACCGCCCUUCGAAGUCCACGUCAUUGAUGAGAGCACAACUCCCGAAUUGGAGCGACGACCUGACACAGAUCAAGGUCCCUUAUCUGCACCGCUCGAAAGAGCCCAAACACGCAACAAGGCCAUGUCAGCAAAUGACGCUGCGUCACUGCAGAUCGAUCCAAAAUUGCAACGCCCGACGCCAGUACUAUCAGAAGAGAACCUGAUAGACCUUGCUGAAGAGGGAGCAGGACCUGGGCAGGAUGAUGUACGACUGGGUGUUUCAUCUUCUGGCGGUCAGCAAUACCCGAGAUCGCCAACUCUCCGAGUAGAGCCAGCCACGCCCCGACGAGAAGCACCUAUUCAACGGAGCCGCUCUCCGACAGCGACCACUUCCGGCUCAAUACCAAGCUCAGCAUUACUAGCGCCUCCGAAUACUGGACAAUUUCCAAGACAAUCUAGUGUCGAUUACCGUGUCCCGCGAGCACCAACACGACGAGGCACAGAUUCGCCAAAGGACGAUCCACACUCGCCUCGACUUGUGCCAAGUGUCAAAUCGCUGCCGAAGAUUGUGAUCCCACAGCGUCGGGAAAGGUCGCCUUCUAGCCGAAGCACGUCUCCCUUCCCAGCAUAUCGCGACUAUCCUUCACCAUCAGUGACCGCAAGUACGAGGUCUCCAAUCAGCACACGACCACCUAGCUCGUAUACGCCAGCUCCUCUGGCCAGUGUCACUUCACCUGAUUCGGUUGAUGCUGAACACAGCGCCGAAAUGGAAAGACCUCGACGGCCUAACAAGCUGGCUAAGGUAUGGCCAUAUCGUCUCCUGCCCCCGCCAGGAGUCAUGAUCUCGACUCUGCUCCCGACAAUCUACCACUGGCACGACAAGACUUGGUGGGAAAAGCUUCUGGGAAUCGUCGCUGCCCCAAGCGUUUUCCUACUCACGAUAACUCUGCCUGUGGUGGAGAGUGAUCAGGACGCUGAGAAAGAGAAAGGCACGCCAUCGCAGUCGCAUUCACGUAGGGACUGGAGUAUGGACACAACGCGAUCCAAGAGUAGUGCUGGCGUCCAGAGCCUGGUGACUACGACAGGCCUUAAGGGUAUCUCGCCUGAGCAUGAACACGACGAUUCAGAGUCUCAUCCUCACAGCCACGAGCGCUCUCCAAACGGCAUUCCUGGAGUGUCAAACGCGACUGGCCAUGGCAACACAGCCUCCAUUGUCAUUGGCACGGAGCAGCACCUUCGACACAUCAUGAGCAGUAACAAAGUGCGUAAUGCCUCAAUUCUAGCGGAACCUAGCCAUAUCCAACCUGAAAUGGUCGCUUCACCAGAACUUGAAGACGGGCCCGCGGACGAGCUCUGGAAUCGGUGGCUUACGAUCAUCCAAGUCUUCCUGGCUCCGAUCUUCAUCGUCUUCAGCAUCUAUCUUCAAGCACCAAACGAGUUACCCGAGACGUGGCUCAUCAAACCAAUCCUAAUCAGCCUCCUCAUCAGCCUAAUCCUCCUAAUCCCCCUCCUCCUAACCACAACAUCAACCUACCGCCCAAGCUACUACAGAAUCAUCCUCAGCCUCGUCGGCUUCGUGGUCGCCAUCGCGUGGAUCUCCGCAAUCGCCUCCCAAGUCGUCGGCGCCCUCAAAGCUCUAGCCGUAAUCCUCAACAUGUCCCACGCAAUCAUGGGCCUCACAAUCUUCGCCGUCGGAAAUUCUCUAGGAGAUCUCGUCGCGGACGUCACAGUCGCAAAACUCGGAUAUCCCGUCAUGGCCCUCUCCGCCUGCUUCGGUGGUCCAAUGCUCAAUAUUCUCCUCGGCAUUGGGCUCACUGGCUCUUACCUCCUGAUCCGUGGAGCCGAACAAAGACACGAAAAACACCCGCACAAAGGUCUGAAAUUCCAUUCCUACCACAUCGAGGUUAGCAAGACUCUGAUUGUGAGUGGAAUUACGCUUUUGAUUACGCUUGUGGGGCUUUUGAUUUCCGUGCCGUUGAAUCGAUGGGUUUUGAGUAAGAGGAUUGGUUGGGCACUUAUCGCUUUGUGGUCGAUCAGCACGAUUUUCAAUGUGGUUAUUGAAGUCACGGGGAUUCUUGGGGGCGUGGAAGAGGUUUUGCAGAUUGGUUCGAAGAAUGGUUGUUGGAGUCCACUUGGGAAGAUGGGUUGUGAAUGAGGAGGGAUGAGUUCGUUGUAGCCUAUUCUUGUUUUUUUCUCUCUCUCUCUAUUUUUAUAUGAACAGAUUG